AUGAGCCACUUAGAUCCAGACUCGGCAGGAGAAAGUGCUACAGACGAAAGGCACAGCCUUCUUUGUCGGUGGCAGAAGCAGCUAGAGUUCUUUUUGUAUCACAUUUUACGCUCAGCAGCUCCAGCUAUAGCCGACGAAUGCCACUGGUCCUGCCCCGAGGCGGCCGAGCUGAGUCGGCUUUCGGAAAAAGCCAUCGAAUAUUUUUGUUUCCACCAUAAGAAGCUCUUCCAAUCUUGUGGCAUAACAGAAAAUGAACGUGAAUCCUUCUGCUCUGAUUUGCAUAGAAUUCGUCAAAUCCGGCAUUGUGCUGUGCACCGAGUCCCAGUGAAUGCAACUACUAUCGCUAAGUACGCGAGGAGUGCACAAAGUGUGUUGGCAAUUUUGAAUCGUCUUGGUGGGACAGAAUUUCGAGAAGGUUUUGGUGGAUUAACAUUCUGGGAUGUCCGAAGCCCUUCUCUGCCACAAGUAACUCCUCACCGAGCAACAUUCCAACAGCAAGGCGAGGGAAACGUUCAGACUCAUGCGCUCUCAGAAGGAAAAGCGAUGAAUAUCCGACGUAUGCGCGACCUUCAGAAUUCCGCAAUGGAAAGAAAAUUGGCGAAUAUUACGAGAAUGGCCAACGACAUUGAGAUUUCACAUACUCAGAAAGCGGCUCGCUGGGCAAAGUCAUGUCAACAGACGGAGGAAUCCCAACAAAGGAAAAUUGAAAGAGAACAGAGACAUCAACAGGAAAGAGAUGAGGCGGACCGGCAAAAGUCCGAGCGGGCGCAGCGCAGCCAGCAGGAAAGAGAUGAAGCUGACCGGAAAAAAGCCGAGCGGGCACAGCGCAGCCAGCAGGAAAGAGAUGAAGCUGACCGGAAAAAAGCCGAGCGGGCACAGCGCAGCCAGCAGGAAAGAGAUGAAAGUGUAAAGAAAAACAUGCUUGCGUAA